AUGACUUCUUUCAACCAGAGCAUCGUUUAUCCUGCGGUCUUCUUCCUAACUGGCAUCCCAGGCCUUGAAGCCUCUCACACGUGGAUCUCCAUCCCCUUCUGCUUUCUAUACGCCGUUGCUAUCUCUGGGAAUGGCAUGAUCCUGUUUGUCAUCAUCACUGAGUCGAGCCUCCAUGAACCCAUGUACUAUUUCUUAUCCAUGCUGUCCUUCACAGACCUGGGUCUGUGCCUUUCUACAUUAGUCACGGUGCUGGGCCUCUUCUGGUUCAAUGCUCGAGAAAUCAGCUUUGAUGCCUGCAUUGGCCAAAUGUUCUUUAUCCAUGGCUUCACGUUCAUGGAGUCCUCAGUCCUCCUGGUGAUGGCCUUUGACCGCUUUGUUGCCAUCUGCGACCCCCUGAGGUACGCCAUGAUCUUGACCAACUCACGCAUUAUUGCAAUAGGCUUUGCAAUUGUUAUCAGGGGGACCACAGCUCUUGUCCCCUUGCUCCUGCUCCUUAAGCGUCUGUCCUUCUGCCGUAGCCAUGUGCUCCACCAUUCCUACUGCUUCCACCCUGAUGUGAUGAAACUUUCAUGCAGUGACACCAAGAUCAACAGUGCAUUUGGCCUGGCCAUUGUCAUCUCUACAGCAGGUUUGGACUCAGUCUUGAUCCUCCUCUCCUAUGUUCUCAUUAUUCAUUCUGUGCUCGGCAUCGCAUCCAAGGAGGAGCGGAAAAAAGCUUUCGGCACCUGUAUCUCCCAUCUCAGUGCUGUUGCCAUCUUUUACAUCCCCAUGAUCAGCUUGUCACUGGUGCAUAGGUUUGGGAAGCAUGCCCCUCCAUUUGUGCACACUCUGAUUGCCAAUAUUUAUUUGCUCAUCCCUCCUGUAAUGAAUCCUAUAAUCUAUAGUGUAAAGACCAAGCAAAUUCGCAAGGCUGUGCUUAAAGUAUUUCGUUCAAAGCUAUCUUAG